UUCAGAACCAUGGUCAGCGCCCAGUGCGUCUUCUCGGGAAUUGGCCAUCGACAGUUCUCAGCUGACAAGGCACAGCAGGAAACAGACAGAGUCAAAGGCUAAAAAAGGACUCCGAGAACCUGUCCUCCCCAACACCACAGCACCUCCCGGCAAAAUCCCCACCCCGUGAAUGGAGCAUUAAACGCAGACAGAACGAAGGCAGCAACAGUUUCAUUCGAACAUAAACAACUUUAACAAGAAUGUUGGACCCAUCAUCGAGUGAGGAGGAAGAUGAGGUCGUGGAAGAGGAGCGCAAAGUGAUAGCGGCUCCCAAGGCUGGUGGUACUCUGCUGUCUCCGAGCAGGACCAGCGAAAGCUCCGGUGGUUUACAACCGAGCCGGACUAGCAAUAUCCGCCCAUCGAGCCCCAGUCCCUCGGUGCCGAGCGAAAAGGAGAAAGAUGAUUUAGAAAGGAUGCAAAGGGAGGAAGAGGAAAGAAAGAAACGGCUGCAGCUUUACGUCUUUGUGAUGCGCUGCAUCGCCUAUCCAUUUAACGCCAAGCAGCCGACGGACAUGGCGAGACGACAGCAGAAGAUCAGUAAACAGCAGCUGCAGGUGGUGAAGGAUCACUUCCAGACCUUCUUAAAUGGAGAGACUCAGAUUGUGGCAGACGAGGCCUUCAUCAACGCUGUCCAGAGCUACUAUGAGGUGUUUCUGAAGAGUGACCGCGUAUCCCGAAUGGUGCAGAGUGGUGGCUUCUCAGCCAGCGACGCGCGUGAGGUCUUCAAGAAGCACAUUGAGAAGCGAGUGCGCAGCCUGCCCGAGAUCGACGGCCUGAGCAAGGAGACGGUGCUCAGUUCCUGGAUGGCCAAAUUCGACACAAUCUACCGCGGCGAGGAUGAGCCCCGCAAGCAGCAGCAGCAGCGGCUGACGGCCAGCGCAGCCUCCGAGCUCAUCCUCAGCAAGGACCAGCUCUACGAGAUGUUCCAGCAGAUUCUCGGCAUCAAGAAGUUCGAGCAUCAGCUGCUCUACAAUGCCUGCCAGCUGGACAACCCAGACGAACAGGCCGCUCAGAUCAGACGAGAACUGGACGGGCGUCUCCAGAUGGCUGAACACAUCGCCAGAUCUGGUAAGUUUCCCAAGUUCGUGUCGAAGGACAUGGAGGCCAUGUACAUGGAGGAGCUGAGGUCAUCUGUGAACCUGCUCAUGGCCAACCUGGAGAGCAUGCCCGUGUCGAAGGGAGGAGAGUUCAAACUUCAGAAGCUGAAGCGCGGACACAACCCCUCCGUCAUCGAUAUGGGGCAAGAGGACGAGAACCAGCUCUCCAAGUCUGAUGUGGUCCUCUCUUUCACACUAGAGGUGGUGAUCAUGGAGGUGCAGGGACUGAAGUCUCUCGCCCCCAGCCGCAUCGUCUACUGCACCAUGGAGGUGGAGGGCGGGCAGAAGCUGCAAACAGACCAAGCUGAAGCCUCCAAACCCACUUGGGGAACUCAAGGAGACUUCACCACUACACACCCUCUUCCUGUUGUCAAGGUGAAGCUCUUCACUGAGAGUACUGGAGUGCUCGCACUGGAAGAUAAAGAGCUGGGACGGGUUGUGUUGCAUCCAACUCCCAACAGCCCCAAACAGUCCGAGCUUCACAAGAUGAGUGUGUGUAAGGGUUGCCCCGACAGCGAGCUCAAGAUUAAAUUAGCAGUUCGCAUGGACAAACCUCAGAACAUGAAACACUGUGGAUACCUCUGGACCAUCGGCAAAAAUGUGUGGAAGCGAUGGAAGAAGAGAUUCUUUGUUUUAGUGCAGGUGAGUCAAUACACCUUUGCCAUGUGCAGCUACAGAGAGAAGAAGGCGGAGCCUCUGGAGCUGCUCCAGUUGGACGGGUACACUGUGGAUUACACGGACCCUCAGCCAGGUUUAGAUGGGGGUAGGGCGUUCUUUAACGCCGUUAAGGAAGGAGACACUGUGAUCUUUGCCAGCGGCGAUGAGCAGGACCGUAUAUUGUGGGUUCAGGCCAUGUACCGAGCCACAGGUCAAACCCACAAACCUGUGCCCCCCACCCAGGUCCACAAACUCAACGCCAGAGGUGGGGGCACAGCACCACAGCUCGACGCCCCCAUCUCCCAGUUCUAUGCAGACCGCGCGCAAAAACACGGGAUGGAUGAGUUCAUCUCAGCUAACCCCUGCAACUUCGACCAUGCUUCACUGUUUGAACUGGUGCAACGACUCACGCUGGACCACAGACUAAACGACUCCUACUCCUGCCUGGGUUGGUUUAGUCCGGGCCAGGUGUUUGUGCUGGACGAGUACUGCGCUAGGAAUGGCGUGCGGGGGUGUCACAGGCACUUGUGCUACCUGUGCGACCUGUUGGAGAGAGCCGAGAAUGGAGCCAUGAUCGACCCCACGCUGCUCCACUACAGUUUCGCCUUCUGCGCUUCACACGUGCACGGCAACAGGCCUGAUGGGAUUGGCACUGUCACGGUGGAAGAACGUGAGCGCUUUGAGGAGAUUAAAGAGAGACUAAGAGUCCUGCUGGAGAACCAGAUUACACAUUUCAGGUACUGUUUUCCAUUUGGGCGUCCAGAAGGGUCUCUGAAAGCCACCCUAUCCCUGCUGGAGAGGGUUCUGAUGAAGGACGUGGUGACACCUGUGCUGCAGGACGAGGUGAAGGCCUUGAUCCGGAAGUGUCUGGAGCAGGCAGCUCUGAUCAACUACCAGCGUCUGUCCGAGUACGCCAAAGUGGAAGGAAAAAAGAGAGAACUGUAUGAGCAUCCUGUCUACUGCUUGGCGUCACAAGUGAUGGAUUUAACCAUUCUCGAGAAAUCUCAGAAGGAUCAGACGGAUCCAGAGAACGUAGGCCGAUUAGUUACACCUGCCAAAAAGAUGGAGGACACACUCCGGCUGGCAGAGCUGGUCAUCGAGGUAUUACAACAGAAUGAAGAACACCAUGCAGAGGGUAAACAGGCCUUUGCCUGGUGGUCUGACCUGAUGGUGGAACACGCGGAGAUGUUCCUCUCCCUCUACGCUGUGGACAUGGACGCUGCACUAGAGGUCCAACCGCCGGACAGCUGGGACAGUUUCCCACUCUUCCAGCUGCUGAAUGACCACCUGCGCCUUGACUACAACCUUUGUAAUGGAAAGUUCCACAAGCACUUGCAGGAUCUGUACGCCCCUCUGGUGGUGAGAUACGUAGACCUGAUGGAGUCCUCCAUUGCUCAGUCCAUUCACCGGGGCUUUGAGCGCGAGUCCUGGGAGCCUGUGAACAAUGGUUCAGGAACCUCAGAGGAUCUUUUCUGGAAGCUGGACGCUUUGCAGACGUUCAUCAGAGAGCUCCACUGGCCUGAGGAGGAGUUUGCCAAACACCUGGAGACCAGACUCAAGCUGAUGUCUAGCGACAUGAUUGAGUCGUGUGUGAAGAGGACCAGGGUGGCAUUUGAAGUGAAGUUACAGAGAAGCAGUCGUACUACAGAUUUCCGUGUCCCACAGUCCAUAUGCACCAUGUUCAAUGUCAUGGUGGAUGCCAAGGCUCAGUCUGCUAAACUGUGUGCUAUGGAGCUUGGCCAAGAGAGACAGUACCACUCUCAAAUCGACCACCUCAUCGAGGAGACGGUGAAGGACAUGAUCACCUUGUUGGUUGCAAAGUUUGUGGUGGUUCUGGAGAGCGUCCUGGCUCGCCUCUCCCGCUACGAUGAGGGAACUCUAUUCUCCUCCUUCCUGUCCUUUACAGUCAAAGCUGCCUCAAAAUACGUGGACGUUCCCAAACCUGGCAUGGAUGUAGCCGAUGCUUACGUUACGUUUGUCCGCCACUCUCAGGACACGUUGCGUGAAAAGGUCAACGAGGACAUGUAUAUAGAAAGAUUAUUUGAUCAAUGGUACACCAGCACGAUGAACCUCCUGGGCACGUGGCUCACUGACCGCAUGGACCUGCAGCUGCACCUCUACCAGCUCAAAAUCCUCAUACGAAUUGUAAAGAAAAAGUACCAGGAUUUCCGGCUGCACGGUGUCCUGGACUCCACCCUGAACAGUAAGAUGUACGAGACGGUGAAGAAACGUCUGAUACUAGAGGAGGCGACGGCGUCGGUGCGAGGAGGAGGAGGAGGAGGAAUGCAGGGCAUCUCGAUGAAGGACAGCGAUGAAGAGGGAGAAUAGACAGACUGCGGCCGCCUACGGCCCUGCAUGUUCUGUCCUUUGUGCUCACUUUCUUUUAUUUAGUUAUAUGUGAUUUAAUUUUAAUAUUGAAUUUAAAAGUUUUUUAUUAUAUGACUGAUAAAUGGACCAACUUCAACUGAUAAGAUGAGAGGCUCAAAACAAAAAUUAACAUUAUCUGUUGGUCAGAAGAUUAUGGUGAAAUUUUUUUAAGUAUUUAAAAAUGUUUGGUGUUUAAAAAUAAUAAUGUUGAAAAUUAAUUCCUAAAUGUUUCAAAGCAAUAUGGAGUACUAACUGUAAACAAUGUUGCGUGAGAUAGAAUAAUUCCUGUUGUGUCCGUGUUAAAUGCAAACAUGUACGACGCUUCUUACGUGUAUUAUAAACCUGUACGAUGCUUCUUACGUGUAUUAUAAACCUGUAUGACGCUUCUUACGUGUAUUAUAAACCUGUAUGACGCUUCUUACGUGUAUUAUAAACGUACGACGCUUCUUACGUGUAUUAUAAACCUGUAUGACGCUUCUUACGUGUAUUAUAAGCCUGUAUGACGCUUCUUACGUGUAUUAUAAACCUGUAUGACGCUUCUUACGUGUAUUAUAAAUAUAUGAAUGGUAAAUAAUUGGGCAUAGACUUAUUAUUUGUUUCGUUUGAAGGUUUUUGAGUGUAUGCCAAAUGAACUGACUAUAUUGUAUUUAACUUGUUUUGGUUGUAUAAGGUAGUGUUUCUAUUUGGCACGCUUCUCCAAUAAAUCACUAAUCAAUACCAAAAUCUCUGCCACCACACGGGAGCAGCUUGUUUAAACGACUCAUUUUAAACAUGCAAUAUAUUACAGGAGCUUAAUUAUCAUUCACUUUGACGAACAUCUAAAACAUUUUUCUAUGUUUUUAUGUCGUUUGCAAUUUAUAGAUAUGCUAUAUUUGAUCUGUUCAGUAGGUACAUCUGGGGAAGGAAAACCACAGGAACGCGAUGGUGGUGUCUCCACCCGCUCCACCUGCUUCACCCACAACUACAGCACUUCUGGAUAUGAGCGCUCUCUCUCGGAACAGCAGGAGCUAGGGUUGUCGUGGCAACUGUUGCUGUGUGUGAUAUCUGAUGCUGUGCCCUGUUCUCUGUUCGGGAGGAAGCGUGUUCCUGUUACUGAAGUGUGUUCCCAUUACUGAAGCCUGUUCCCGUUAUUGAAGCGUGUUCCCAUUAUUGAAGUGUAAACCUGUUACUGAAGCAGGUUCCUGUUACUGAAGCGUGUUCCCGUUUUUGAAGCGUGUUCCUGUUAUUGAAGCUUGUUCCUGUUACUGAAGCGUGUUCCCGUUUUUGAAGCGUGUUCCUGUUAUUGAAGCUUGUUCCUGUUACUUCAGCAUGUUCCUUUUACUGAAGCUUGUCCUGUUACUGAAGCGUGUUCCCGUUACUGAAGUGUGUUCCCGUUAUUGAAGCGUGUUCCCGUUACUGAAGUGUGUUCCUUUUACUGAAGCAUGUUCCUGUUAUUAAAGUGUGUUCCUGUUAUUGAAGCAUGUUCCUGAUACUGAAGCAUGUUCCCAUUAUUGAAGCGUGUUCCUGUUACUGAAGCCUGUUCCUGUUAUUGAAGCCUGUUCCCAUUACUGAAGCUUG